UUAGCCACUAAGCAAAAACAUCCCACCGUUGAAAACUCAGAUCUCUCUCUCUUUUCGUUUUUGUCUGAUAAUUUUGCAGAAAUUUUGAUCUCUCCCUUCCCUCAAUCUCAAUCGCUACCUAUGGAGGAUGUUACAAUGAAGGACGCUGAGCUACAUGAAGAAAUCUCCGACAAGUUUCUCUGCUGCGUUUGCCUGGAGCUUCUUUACAAACCGAUUGUGCUAUCAUGUGGUCACCUGUCGUGUUUCUGGUGCGUGCAUAAGUCCAUGAAUGAGCUGCGUGAGUCUCAUUGCCCCAUUUGUAGAGACCCUUAUGUUCACUUUCCUGCUGUCUGCCAAAAGCUUCAUUUCUUGCUCAAGAAGAUUUACCCUCUUGCCCAUCACAAGAGAGAGGAACAAGUUCUAAAGGAGGAACAAGAACUAGAAUGUUUUUCACCUCAGAUUGAUGAACCAAAGGCCAAGGAGGAGUCUGUAUGUAGUGGAGGUUCUCUAAAUGUCUCUGAUGAGCCGAAGGUGGAAGAGUGUUCUAAUGCAGAAAGGUUACUAUCCAGUGAAGAACCUAAAGAUGCAAACGCUCUUAAUGUCCAUGAGAAUGACAUACCUAAGAAUAAUAAAGUCAGUAAGCAAAUUUCAAAAGAUGAUUUGCUCUGUACAGCAUGUAAGGAGCUGCUCGUGCUGCCCGUAGUACUCAAUUGUGGACAUGUGUACUGUGAAGGAUGUGUAGUAGAUAUGUCUCAAGAAAGUGAAAAGAUCAAAUGUCAGGAGUGUCAUAUCUCUGACCCGAGAGGAUUUCCGAAAGUUUGUUUGGUUCUUGAGCAGCUUUUGGAGGAGAACUUUCCUGAAGAAUACAAUUCAAGGAAAAGUGGGAUUCAGAAAACGCGUGGUGCCCAUACUAGCAAAGGAAACAUUCAAAGCUCUCGCAAAGAAGGCCCAUCUUUGUCAGGCCCCAACAACAAUGAUCUUCCCUGGUGGGCAAACCCUGCUUCUAAUGUUCACAUCGGAGCGGGCUGUGAUUGUUGCGGAGUGUAUCCAAUCAUAGGGGAACGAUACAGAUGCAAAGACUGCAAGGAAGAAAUUGGUUAUGACCUUUGCAAAGACUGUUACGAGACUCCUUCAAAAGUUCCAGGGAGAUUCAACCAACAACACACCCCAGACCACAGGCUUGAGCUCGCUCAGGUUCCUCAGGUUCUACUCAAUAUCGAGUCUAUAGGCUUCCUUCUAGGACCGAUGGUUAGUGAAGGCGUGAGUGGAGAAGAUAGUGAUGAUGAUAGCGAGGAAGAAGGGCCUCCUGAUUCUAAUGAGGUAUCAUCAAGCGCUGAUUGAAACAGCAUUUAAGUAUGUGGAAUCUUAAAGCAUGGUUUGCGUUUGUGUUUGCAUAUUUUUUUUUUUUGAAGUAUGGUUUUUAAACAAAGUUCAUUUGUUAAUUUAUAUAUAUAUUAUAUAUAACGCAAACAAAGACAGUCUUAUGUUUUUAUUUGGUUGCGUAUUUUGGAAUAAUAUUUUUUCAAAGAACUGAAAAAAAAAAUUUACUAAGG